AUGUCACACGAUUAUUACAACGAGGUAUGGCUCGUAACAAGAAGCGAUUUUGAAAAAUUAUUGGAAUUCGAUCGAGAUCUACAAAAAAGCAAACCUAUAAAGAAUAGAGAAAAUGCAUUAGAUCGUGCUCUUAAUCUUUACAUAAGAUAUCGACAUCUUGUGAGAAGACUUGUCAUAUGUUAUAAUCAAAUGGUUCAAACACAAAAACGAGAAUUAAUCAAGAAAGUAGUCGAUUGUGCAAUUGGUCGAAUGCUCCAAUGCAAAAGAGAAGUCGUUAAAUUGGAUUGUUCUUAUUUUCAGUGGCCCGACGAUGUGUUAUAUAAAUUAAAAUUAACGCCGGACGACGUAGACACUAUUGGCUUGACGAUCGAUAAAAAUCAUGCUUUAGAACGUAGAGAAUUAAUCGAAAAAAUAAAAAGAGAAGAGGAAGAGAAAAUUUUCAAUAUUAUAUCAUUUUUGAUUCGAAAUUCUGAUCAUUUGUUGAUUGCUUUUAUGAUAAAAGAACGAAGCCUUUCACAGGUGAUGAUAAGUAGUAUGACGGAAUUGGAGGAAACACCGUCUAAAAUCCAAUUAAUGCGUAGAAGGAGACACAGACCUACCGAUAUCGCGCAAAUGAAAGUUUUAAUAGAAACGCCCGAGCAAAAGGAAGCUAGCGAAGCUCGAAAAGCUCGAGAAGCUGCUGAAAAGGCUAUGCACGAUGCGGUGCUUUUGAUACAGUCACACGAAAGAGCUAGAGUCGGACGUUGCAUUGGUAAAGAAGCUUUACUUAUGUAUGAAUAUAAAAGAAAAUUGGAAACUGGUGAUACGGCUUCGCCAACGAAAUUCGAUAAAGCAAUGUACAUUAAAGCGAUCGUUAUUAUUCAACGUGCUUGGAGAACAUUUGCAGCUCGAAAGGAUUUCAAAAGGAAAUUAAAUCGGUUAGAAGAAAUAUUAGAUAUGACGAUCCCAAGUUGGAAGUCUCCAGAUAUUUAUCAAAGAGACGAGGAGAUUUUUCAAAAGAGAUUACAAAUCAUACCGACGUAUGCUGCACGAACUGAAAAAAUGUUUCACGAUGAACGUAUUAGGUUGUUGAAAAUGGUGGGGCCUGGAUUAAUAGAGGAUAUAACCGAUGAAAUCCAGGAAUGGUUCAUCGUUUGGUACGAUACAGUUGGACACUUUGAUGUUUAUCCAUCAGAAGAGUUAGGUGGUAGUGUUCUGAUAGUUACGGGACAGACUACGGAUCCAGAAGAAUAUUUAAUGCAACAGAUACAAAAGCAGAAAGCUGCAAAAACUAAAGAGAUUGCACAGCCAGAGAAAGCAAAGAUAAAACCAAAAGUUGUGGAAACUGCUAGAGGAUGGUUUAUGCCAGAAACUCCAGUAUUUAGCUGUUUGGAAAAUGCUAAUAAUGAAUUCAUCGAAAAUUGGAGUUAUCGAGACGAAUCUUGUAAUCCCUUACAAAGACCUUAUCUCGAUUUGAUCACCGAUAGACUUUGUUACGAACUUCAGUUAGAAAUGCGACUGAUCGUUGAUGAACUUAUGAGACUCGAAUUGGAGAAAUUGAACGAAGCCUUAUUGAAAGAUCACGCGGCUGAUAGACCUAAAUUUCAGAUUCCUCGGAUGCCAGGUGCACAGAGACCACCAAGAAAGAAACGUAAAGGCAAAUCAAAAAAGGAUCGUUUAGCUGAUAUUUCUAUAGAAGAACUUUUUAAAGAACUGGUACAAGAAAAUAUUAUUCGAAAUUAUCCAGAAAGAAGCUUGAACGAUUGGUUUGGUGAUCUUGCUUACCAAAAUUACGAAGCAUAUUCCGAAUUUCGAGAUCACUAUCAUCAGCUUGGUGAUAUCAAACAAAUUAUCAUGGAGUAUUGCGUGCUACCCCUCUCUUCUAAAGAAAUACAUACAAUUGCACCCUUAAUACGAUCCGUUUGUAUUUGUGGUUUACCCGGAUAUGGUAAAACUUUUCUGGUCGAUGCAAUUUGUUCGGAGGUUGGUGCCCUCUUAUUCGAUUUAACACCAUCUGUAUUAAAUGGCAAAUAUAUUGGGAAAAGAAACGAACGCAGAUUAAUGGAUAUCAUUGGCAAAUUAAGUCGCAUUUAUGCCCCUUCCGUGAUAUUUAUCGACGGUAGCGAGAAACCAUGGUUAAAGAAAGUCCCAUUACAGGAACGAUAUCUUCAACCCAAACGAUUUGCUAAACACCACGCAAAGUUUGUCAAAAGUAUCAGACCAGGUGAUCAGGUUUUAUUCCUGACUGUUUCAUCCGAGCCAUAUAAAGCAAAGGGAGCAUUUACGAAAAUUCACAAUGUAUUUAUAAUGAUACCUCUUACCGAUUAUAAUACUCUAUACAUGUAUUAUAAAUAUAUGUUAAUGAAAUAUCAUGGAAUAGAUAGAAACGUAGACGUUUCUUGUCUAGCUAAAAUGUCCAUUGGUGUACCUCUGAAAUUUAUUCGAAAAUCGAUUGAAAAGGUAUUAUCGCUCGAAAGAAGAAUCAUUUUGAAUCAUGAACCCUUAUCGCAAGUUGAAAUUAUGGAAGAAGUGUGGAAAUAUGAGCCCCUCGCCAACAAAAUCCUCGAACAAUAUAAACAUUUCGAAAAUAAAACUCCUCUUGGUCGAAUGAGAGAAAGAACGGUAGCAAAAGAGAAGGAAGCCUACGAGAGAAGCGUUGCUUUGAAAGCAAUGCGGGAAAAGAGAAGAACGUAAUAACUAAUGUUGAAAAAGUACAUUGAAAGCAAUUCUAGCGAUCGAAGAUCGAAUGGUUCCUUCUUUCUCUUGCAUCGAUGUUCUCCAAUGCUCUCAAGAAGUCCGGACGCGAAACUGGUUUUCGUCUUCGGAGAUGCUGAAAAUGCUGAGAGCAUUCAUUGAAAAAACAAUCAAGAGCCGAUGCAGGUAGUACCAUGAAAGCUGUCGCUCCGUGU